AUGGACGACGAUUAUGUUGCACAGAUCCUCGCCAAGGAGGCUAAGGAGAGUUCUAUAAAAUAUGCGUCUCAAGGAAUGAGUGCUUUUAUGCCUUCAAGGCCAACAAGCAAUGCCCCCAAACCCAAUACUCGCUUCCUACGAAAUCUUAUCAAAGUAACAGACAAUCAUAACACAGCUCUCAAGCUCAAAGAGGAAAGAGAAGCACGGGAACAGACCACCAAAGAGGAGAUCGGGAAGAUCGCAGCCGUUCACAUCGGAAAAGAACUCGAAGUCGUUCCCCUUCGGCGGAACGAGACCGGUCCCGGAGGCAUCGACGAAGAAACGAAGAGUAUGGCGGAACUGGAGAGAGAGACAAAGACCGCGAUGAACAUCGGCGCGAGCACAGGGAUCAUGGGUCAUCCAGGAAAGAUCGACGGGACAGAGAUAAGGAGCAUACCAGGCGGCGACGUGAGCGAUCAUACUCGAGGUCUGCCAGCCGAUCUCCACACAGAGACCGAAGUACCGACCGCCAUCGCCAUCGAAGACAAAAACGUCAAUCUGGACAUUCUACUCGCUCCAUUUCCCGUUCCCGCUCACCAGAGUCGCACAAAACUCGGCGUGUCGCCGUUGCCUGAUAUGGCUGCACGCCAAAGCGAGAUGGGCAACGAAUCCGAUCCCCUAGAAGACCUUGUCGGGCCACUUCCUCCUCGACAAAACGAAGCACCCGUCCGCUCGCGCGGGCGAGGUGCCUAUAAACACAAUAUGAGCAAUAUCGAUGCACACUUUGCACCCGGCUACGACCCGGCUGCCGAUGUGCAUCUAGAUGAAGACAAAUUACAUACAGUGGGCCUGGAAUCCUCUCGCCGGCCUGUCGCAGGGCUCAUGACAAAAGACGAUGACUGGGACAUGGCAAUGGAGGCGCUGCGUGAUCGUGAACGCUGGAGAAAUAAGGGCGAGGAGAGGCUACGUACAGCAGGAAUUGACGAGGCUGUCAUUGAUAAAUGGAAGAAUAACACUGCUUUUGCGGGUGUGGAUGGAGAAGGCAAACCGGAGGAUGUACAGUGGUCGAAGAAAGGCGAAGGACGGGAAUGGGAUCGCGGCAAGUUCGUGGAUGACGAUGGCCAUAUCGACAUUCGGGCUGCUUGGUAG